CAAACACUCACCCACACACACGCCGCCGCGCAAUGUCCACCGACCUCCUCGGCGCACUCCCAUCCGGCACGUUUGCGCUCGAGCUCGGGCCGAGCGCGCGCGCGCUGCUCGGCAAGCGCAAGGCUGAAGACGACGGCCUCGUCGGUCUGAGAUACAAGUUCAAGCCCGUGUCGGUGCAGCCUGAGACGCCGGGCGCGCUCGAGUAUGCGAGCACUGGGCGCGUGCUGGCGUUUGACGUGUCUUCCGGCGGCCACCAAGUCUUCGAUAUCCGUGAAGAACCGUCCAAGGCGCGCGAGUGUGCCCUUGUAUGGGACGAGCAGAGACGGACCUUUGUGCUCCACUCGCUGCCGACCACGCUCGUCCCCACCGUCAAUCGCACCCUGUCCUCGUCGUGGCCUGAGGGCCGUGUGCCUGAGCCAUCACUCGCCAAGGACGAGCAGCCACCACGGGCGGCGAAGAAGGCGCGCGUGUCAGCGGCAUCGCCGCCGGCUGACGCCGCACCGUCGGGGCGCGCGCCCCGCUCCAGCGUGGCAGGCAAGGGCGUCGCGCGCAAGCAGCUGCCCAACAGCGUGCUCCCCGAGCCUGUGGCAGCCUCCAAGCCCAAGGCGAAGCGCGCCGCCCCAGCAAAGAAGACCAAGGCCGCAGCUGCACCAAAGCCAAAGGCAGCCCCGAAGAAGCGGGGCGCCGCGGCCAACAGCAAGGCGGCCGUUGUCCCCGCGUCCAAGGUCAAGAGCGAGGAGUUUAUCGAGGACUCGGACGACGACGCGGGCGACGACGACGGCAUGGACGAGUUUGCCAACAUGCUCGGCGAGGCCGUCGAGCAGGCUGCUGGCGCGUCGACCGCGCUGGCCGGGUACGACGACGACGAUGACGACGACGACGACGUCGAGGAGGACGACGACGACGAGCUGGGCGGCGCCCACUUUGCGGGAUACCAACCAGACGAGGCGGACGGCGCCGACGUCGAGUGGAUCUAG